UUACGUCAGCGCGUGAGUUGCAACAUCGAAUCGUCGAUAUCGGUAUAGACGCUGAUAAGGUUUCGUGGCGAGAGAACACGAAUUAGGACGGGCAGUCUGUGGUAUUCGACGGACUGUGUCAUGUUCCUCCUUUUCCCCGGUUCAAUGUCGCUGACUCGACCCUCGCGUUGGCGCGCGCGCACCGGUGCGGAGCACUAUUUGUUUUUCGCGAAGUGUUUUAAGUGACUAAAGCGAUUCUUCCGCGACUGCACAAUGGCUUUAAUUGCACAGAGCGAUGAGAGAUCGUCGUGCGAGCAACCGACUUCAAAAUGCGCGCAAUACGUGGGCGUGCUUGUGGCGACAUUCGCCGCGUUCUCGAUCGGCACGUACUUGUCGUGGACGUCGUCCGCCUUGCCACUUUACAAUGUGAGCGACACGCUGCCUGUCAGCGAUCAGGAGGUCUCCUGGAUUUCUUCCUUGCUCCCCCUCGGUGCAGUUCCCGCCGUUAUCCCGGCGGGGAUGUUGGCGGAUAGAUUUGGUCGGAAGAGGACGAUUUGGGCGGCGACCGUGCCCUUAUUUUUCUGCUGGUACAUUAUCGGAUUCGCGCGGAGUAAGAUAUGGAUUUUCCUGGCUCGGUUUGUUGCGGGAGCAGCAUGCGGCGCAGCAUCCGUCGUUGUUCCCAUGUACGCUUCUGAGAUUGCCGAGCGAAGCAUUAGGGGAAUGCCUGGCACUAUUUUUCAAUUACAGAUUACCGCCGGAAUUCUCUUCGGAUAUGCUACUGCUUUUACCGAUAGCCUGCACGUCAUUGCCAUACUUUGUUCCGUGGUGCCCGCUUUGCUUUUGAUCUCCUUCCCAUUCGUACCGGAAUCACCGGCGUGGUUGGUCAUGCAGGGUCGCAAGAAUGAGGCGAGUGAUGUGCUGAAACACUUUAGGGGGCCUCGCUACAGUCCCGAGACGGAAUUGGUCAGGCUCGAGCUUCGUGCCUCGGAAAUGCGAGAGGCCAGGCCUAGUAUUUUUGACUUGAGAAAUUAUCAGAAAGCAAUGUACAUCACACUGGGUCUAAUGUUUUUUCAGCAACUGUCCGGCGUUUAUAUUCUGAUAUUCUACGCUAGGUUCUUUGACGAUUGGAACUCGAUUCUGAGUUCAUCCACGUCGUUGGUGAUCGUCGGUGUAGUACAAGUAAUCGCAGCCUAUUUUUCGACCGUUUUGAUCGAACGUGCUGACAGAAAACUACUAUUAUUUAUCAGUGUGUCAGUGAUGGCCGUUUGCAUGUUCACGUUAUCGGGAUAUUUUCAUUUCCGGAACUCGUACGAUCUCUCAAGCUUCUCCUGGAUCCCUCUGCUCUCGUUCGCGGUAUUCCUCAUCAUUUUCAACAUCGGCAUCUGGCCAAUUUCGUGGUUGAUGGUCGGCGAGUUGUUUACGAGCAACAUGAAGAACGUGGCAAGCGCAGUCAACUGGAUGUCCAACUGGACACUAGCUUUUCUGGUGACCAAGUGCUUCCUGAACAUGUUAGAUCUCAUGGGACUCUCCUCAACGUUUGCCACAUUCGGCAUAAUAAGUUUAUUUGGAACCAUAUUCAUUUCCGUGAUGGUGCCGGAGACGGAGGGCAGAAGCGCCGAAGAGAUUCAGAUAGAGUUGUACGGGAUAGAAAUAAGAAAUCCGAUGGAGACAGCAGCGGUGGCAACAUGAUGAAACAUGAUAAAAUAAUGACUGAAUAGAAAUGCUCAGUUGUAAAAAUAUGGUUGUGAUUCGUUUAUAUGAGGAAUAUUUUAUAAAACUAUAGGUCAAGCGUGCAUAAUUAUUACUUAAUAUCGAAAAGUAUGAUUUCAAAGUUACAGAAAGAAUGGUUUUGCUAAAGUUGUCUGAAAAAUCAACAAGGUAAAAAUCUGAAAACAAUUUUUUAUUAGCCCAUUAAAAUAAUUAUAUAGAAUACUUAAAAUAGUUGCUAAAAUUUCAAAAUAAAAAUAUUUUUGCAGCUUUACUUGACGUGCUUUACUUGAGCGUGUUACAAAAUUAUUUUUACGUUCAACAAAAAAUUAUUUUCACAAAUCUAUAUCUACAUUGAGAGAAAAAAUAUCUUGCAACAAAAAAUUAUUUAAAAAUUAAGUGAGGAAAGGCUCUGAAGACGUAAAUCAAAGUGUAAAUCGAUGCCGAUAGAGCCAACAUUAGAUAUUCGUGUGUAAUUUAUGUAUAUAAUUACAAUCAAAUGUUACAAGUAAACGUUUCGAGCCUCGAUUUGGAUCAUCUUCA